AUGGCGGAUGGCAGGCACGGGGUGGCGGUUGGCCACAGGGACCAGGACGGCAACAUGGACAUGGCCGCAGCAUUACUUGUGGUUCUGGUGUUCACCCUGCUGGGCAUCGAGAGCGGCUCUGGGGCGGGGAGCAACAUCUCCACUUACAUCUUUGACGACGGCUCCAAGACACUCCUCACCUGCACCCUCAACUCCAGCGACACGGCCAUCCUGGGGCACCGCUGGAUGAAGGGGGACCAGCUGCUCCGGGAGGACUCGCAGCCGGGCCUGUCCACCGAGUACGAGAUAGACCCCGGCGAGCGCUCGGGACAGUACUCCUGCACCUUCCUCUCGGAGCCCACUGGCAGGAUGGCCAGGGUAAGCGUGAAAGUGCGCCCCAACGUGCAGGCCGUGACCGAGUCCGUGAUGGGCAUCGAAGGGGAGCGGGCGGUGCUGGUGUGCGAGUCCCGGUCCUUCCCCCCGGUCACCCAGUGGGAGUGGUACAAGAUCACCGACACCGGCGACCUGCCUCUCAACAACAAGUCCCACAAGAAGUUCGUGGUGUUCUCAGAGACCCGUACGGAGUUGCACAUCCAUAAGCUCAACCUGAAGAAGGAUCCUGGCCAGUACGCCUGCUAUGGCACCAACUCCGAGGGCAAGGUCGGGGCCUUCAUCACGCUGCGCCUCCGCAGCCGCUUCAUUGCCUUUUGGCCCUUCCUGGGCAUCCUGACCGAGGUGGUCGUGCUGGUCACCAUCAUCGUGGCCUUCGAGAAGUGUCGGAAGCCACAUGAGGUCGUGCGUGAGGAAGAUACAGACUCCGCUCCACCAAAGGGCAGUGGGCACCUCAUGAAUGACAAAGACAAGAGAGAUGCCAACUGA